UGGUGGUUCACCUCGACCGUGUUCCCUUUGAUUGCAGGAACGUUUGGACCAAUUGCUAACCUAUUCUCGGUCUGCUCGAUAGCGCAGACUUGGAAGUUUCACACUGACACCUUACGCAGGAUCCCUGAUCCCGCUUGGGUAGUUGGGCUCAACGCACUCUCCAUCUUUCUGGCAUUCUGGGCCAACCUCAUUCUUCUUUUUAAUUUUGCCCGCCGAGUGCCAUAUAAGAUCGCCCAACCCCUGACCAUCACCCUAUGGUAUUCGGCUAGCAUUGUGUUAAUCGUCCCGCUUGCGCUGACCUCUUCUUCCGCCGUACCGACUCACGCCCUCUCUCAGUCAUUCUGGUAUGGGUUGAUCGGCUGCGUCAUUCAUGUGGCCGUAUCAACCCUCCUCCUUAUCAACACCGUAUGUGCAUACAAGUUCGAGGUCUACGCGGCCUCCUUCAAUUCUCUCACUCUACCUCAACGUAGCUUGAUGCUUCAGACGAUGUCUUUCUCCCUCUAUCUCGCGCUUGGUGGGUGGCUCUUUUCCCAUCUGGAACAUUGGGGCUUUACGGACGGAGUUUACUGGGCGGACUAUACUGUCUUGACCAUCGGUCUAGGAUCAGAUUUUCCAUUGAAAAGGACAGUUUCGCGGAUGAUCUUGAUGCCAUACGCCGCGUUUGGAAUCACCUUCGUGGGCUUAGUCGUCUGCAGCGUGCGAGGCUUAGUCUUGGAACGCGCCAAAGUGAAGGUGGUGAGGCGCCAUCUCGGGAAGGAACGCCAAAAGUGGCUUACGCGUAUCAAAGAGUCGCAAGAGAGGCAGAAGAAGCGCUCCGGCGGCGGCGGCCAAAACGACACCCCAGAAUCGCUUUGGAGUCGUAUGCGGAGUAAAGGCAGACGCGCGUCAAUAUUGAAAGAGGUUAAGCACAUUCCUGCGUUGGCGGAGCAACAAGUUAUUUAUGAUCGCGGAGCGUGGCGUAAAGCCGAAUUUGAACUCAUGCGAUACGUCGAGGCUCGGGCAGAGAGUGCUCAAAGAUAUACGGCUCUUUGCGUGUCUAUCUUUGUGUUUUUGCUUGUCUGGCUUGGGGGCGCUCUUAUAUUUUGGAGGACCGAACAGCAUCAACACUGGACGUACCCAGAAUCCAUGUUCUUUACCUACACAUCCAUCCUAACAAUCGGCUACGGGGACUUCUUCCCCACAUCCAGCGCUGGCAAACCGUUCUUCGUGAUUUGGAGCUUAGUGGCCGUCCCGACGGUCACAGUUCUGAUCUCCAACUUGGGUGAUACAGUCGUGAAAGGCUUGACAGACGCAACAAUAUGGAUUGGAAGCAAGACGGUUUUGCCAGAGCGGGUGUCAUCGUUGGGGACGAAGGUUCGAAGGAAGAAGAGAAAAGGAAGAAGACGGGAAAAGCGAAAGAAGAAAGCUGGGGAGGACACGGAAGCUAGUUCCAUGGAACCGGAGCGACCGCCAUUAGAGGAAAAAGAUGCUUUUACAGGGGAUAUCGAACAUAUAGGCGAAGCCAUUGUGGAAGCUGAGGAGAAUCGAGGUCACGGGGAUAGUCUCGCCGCGAGGCUAGCCCGGGAGAUUAAAGAGCUAACCAGAGACGUGCGCAGGUCCCCUCCACCCAAAUAUGACUGGGAGGAUUGGGUUCGAUGGUUGGAUCUCCUUGCGGAGGUGUUGCCGGAGGUAGAUGAAUUUGGGAUCCCCAUCGUGAUGGAGGGUGAGCAGGGCCCGGAAUGGACGUGGACGUGGCUGAGCGAUAAGGGACCUCUUUUCAGUCGUGAAUCGGAGCCGGAGUGGAUCAUCUUUAAAUUGUGUGAG